AUGUACGCGUCAAAGUCGCCCCCAAUACUAUCCAUGGCGCCGAAAUGUCACGAGCCAAAAUGCCAUGAGGAGGAUGCAGACGACGCGGCUUGGGGACCGCGAUUCGGAGGUUCGGGAAGAUCCGUCCGAUCCCCGGCCUCCGAGCCUGGCUGGUCCAGGCGAUUCGCGUCAGUGGAUCUGGACGAAUGGGGCGCCGCCACGUGUGCUCCGCGCUCUUCCCACGAACUAACUGACCCGCUUGGUGCGAGCCAUGCAAACGAUGCCGCGUGGGACAAUAACUGGGAGUGCGACAGCAUUGCGACCGACCCCUCUUCUCACGGGGUUGCGUGGGAUGAUGCGGCGAUCAUGUCUCGCAGCAGCAGCGCGGGGAAUCGCUUCCCUGUUGUGGCCUUGAGCAGCAACAGCAGCAGCGGCCAGCGCGCUUGCCAGUGGGACGAGCCGUGCAGCCCUGCCUCUGCGCUGCACGCCCCUCAUUCUGCCUCUUCUACCGCUCGCCACGGCUCUGCUGCUGCUCAGCACGGCUCUGCUGCUUCUCCGCACGCCCCGCAUGCUGUCCCGUCGAGGGACGACCGACCCGGCGCGUCUCUCCCACCACCUGCGCGCCAAGGAAGUGGCUUAAUUAGGAAGCAGCAGCAGCUACCAACCCACAAGAGAUCCCGGUCGCACUCUGCUGCACCGCACUCCGCUGCACCGCACUCCGCUGCACCGCACUUCACCAGCUGUCACACCAAGUACUUGCCUCGUGUUGAGAUUCCGAGUCAAACAAGUCAACUGGGUCAAACGGUCCCGUCACCAUCCAGGGGGCACAAAAAAACCCUCUCGCACUCCGCUGCAGUGCACGCCCACACCACUCACCCAGGCCACCCGGGUCAACUGGGUCAACUGGGUCACUCCAUUCGCCCACGACACCUGUCUCCUCUUGAUCUUCCGGGUCAAACGGGUCAAACGGGUCAAGCGGCUUCCUCCCCUUCCGGCGCCUCGCCUUCUCACGGCCGCAGCCGCAGCAGCGCUGUGAAGCACCCGGCUUGCUCCCUCGGGUCGCACAAGGACAAGGAGGAGGAGGCAAUGCAGCACAAGGGGCAUCAGCAGCCGCGGCAGCAGCACAAGGGGCAGGAGCGCAAGGGGCAGGAGUGGGCGGAAGGCAGCGUUGUCGCGGGGGGCGGCGGUGGCGAGUCAAGCGACUCAGACGAUGAUUUCAUUGGGCUCUAUGCUGCUGUGGUGCGCAGCCGUGCUUGUGCCGGCAGCAUGAAGGCUUGCGCUGGCGGCUUGGAGAGCCGCGCUGAUAGUAUGAAGGUGCAUGCUGGGGUGGUGGAGCAGUGUGGUGCGGGCAUGGAGAAUCGUAGUGACACUGGCAGCAUGAAGAUCCGAUCUGCCUCGUCGCACGCUGUGGCAGACAGCCGUGCUGCUGCGAGCAGCAACGAGGAUCGCAAAGCCAGCUGGAACGGAAACGGCGCUCAAGCGACCGGCGGCGGCACUGCUGGCAGCACGGCCGGCGAAUCUCGCAGCAGGGUGCUUCCAGCCAGCACAGCACAGAGGUGUGUGCUGGUCAGCAUAGCACAGCAGAUGGCCUCCCAUGAGGUUCCCAAUCCCAACCUGCCUGCUGCUGCUGCUUCGGAGAGGGCUGUGCCGGCCCGUGCCGCCACAGAGACAGGAAGGGUGGAGGGAACAGAGAGGAUUGAUGAGAGGAUGGAAAGGAGGGCGAGGAGGGAUGCGAGGAGAGCAAGAAAGGCCGUGGCAGCGCAGGCGGAGGAGGCUCCUCAGAAGGAGAUUUCUGAGAUUGAGUCAACCCAAAAAUCGGUUCCUCAGGAGGAGGGUCGGGCGCAGCGGAAUUCAAGGCGCAGCUUGACUGUCGGAAGCAGCUUGUCUCUGGCCAGCAGUAUCCUAACCAGCAUCAGCGGCAGCCUUGGAGGACGGUGGGCGCGGCGGCUGAGGCGGAGUAUUAGCAGCGGGAAUGGCAGCGGGAAGGCGGGAGGAGGAGUGGAUGGUGAGGCGGGUGAUGGUGAAGGGGAGGAAGGGGAUGAAAGGGAUGAAGAGGAGAGUGAACAGUGGAGUGAACUGGGGAGUGGGAGCGGUGAGGGAAGCGGUGAGGGAAGCGGUGAGGGGAGCGGUGAGGGGAGCGGUGAGGGGAGCGGUGAGGGGAGCGGUGAGGGGAGCGGUGAGGGGAGCGGUGAGGGGAGCGGUGAGGGGAGCGGUGAGGGGAGCGGUGAGGGGAGCGGUGAGGGGAGCGGUGAGGGGAGCGGUGAGGGAGCGGUGAGGGGAGCGGUGAGGGGGAGCGGUGGAGGGAGCGGUGAGGGGAGCGGUGAGGGGAGGCGGGGUAAGGGGAGCGGUAAGGGGAGCGGGUAA